CAAUAGCUUGCAAAGUCCAUAUGUAAAACCAGCAGUCUCCACCUCCACUAUUGCUACUUCCUGCCUUACACCCUGUCAUUGUUCAUUUUGUGACAGAGCAAUUUCUACAAUGGCCACCCGGCUCAGUAUAUUGGGGAGAUCAGCCCAGCAGCUAAACAGAAUCUACACCAAGCAUGCCCCAUGUGUAUCAACCAGGGGCUCUCUAUGGGCUGGAGAACACAUCAGGUAAAUAAUGUCUGUAUUCCUAUGCCAUAUCACUGUGAUAUAAUGCAGGGAUAGAUAAAAAAUGUUUGUAAACUAGAUUUCCUAUAAAGCUUAUCCAGCAGGAUGGCUGUGCAUCUUGGGCAGUGUAGUCCACAAACAUCUGACUUGUCAGUGGUAACAAAACUGGUUUACUCCACUUUAUAGGAAAAGUUUUUUUUUUUUUUCCAGUAUUUAUACGAAUUGUGCUUAGAUACAGCCAGAUUGUUAUUAAUCAAGCCUUUAAUGUUAUUCUGUGUGUGUGUUUCUUUUGAUGAAUAUCCCUAAAAGGUAUAUAUACCCAGUAAGUAUUGUAAGCUGGCACAAGUUGCUCACAGCCCUCUGACUUUCCAUGGCUGUGAACUUUGUCCUAGUUUUGAAGGGGAUUUAAAUAAAAGGGCAGAUACAGUGUUUAUCAGUGUGCACAACUCAUUUAACCUUCAUAUGCUGUUGCAGGCCUCUGUAACUCUCAGCACAGGCAUCAGACACCCCCAUCACAAAGCCAUCCAGAUGGGAGUGGUAGUCCGACAACCCUAUGGAAAGGGAGCAGGGAGUGAAACAGGCAAAAUAUAUUAAUAUUUUAACUCUGCUAGUAAUUAUGUUCUGACUACUGUUGCUAAAGGCCUUCCACAUUCUGAUCAUAUCUAGCUCUCUCAUAGGUGUGAACUUUGCCCUACUUUUUGACAAGAUGUAAUAAAGAGACACGUACAGUGUUUAUCAGUGUGCAGGGAAGAUUUAGGUUUCAUGCAACACUUAUUUAUUGCAACAUUAACACCAUUCAUUAAAUUAUUUCUUAAUAAUAAUUGCCUUAUAUGUAUUUGUGAUCUGUGAAAAGUCAUAGAGCCAGACAUUAUUCUCAAAUUUCUCUAAUUUUAUUAAAACAGCUCUGUCAUUACUUGGACAGUAUAUUUUAUUUUUAUUUAUAUAUAUAUAAAAAUAUAUAUAAUUUUUUAUUUUUUUUUAUUUAUUUAUUUUUUUAUAUAAAAUUCUCAUAUUUUUUAAAAUUCUCAUAUUGUCUGCGUUGGAAGUUCACUGCCAUUAGGAUACUAUAAGACAAAGCAGAGACUGCCUAGCCUUAUGAUGAAGUCCAAUGUUAAUAAAAUGUGACACCAUUAGGAGCUUCUCUCAUUAACUGUUGUCCAGUCCCACUGCUCUUGCUAGCAUGAUGUGGUUAGUAGAAGAUAGAUAGAGCCUCUCCCGCUGCUUGGCAUCUAGCAGGGCCUCACCUGUCACCAAACCUAGUUUUAAUUGUUUCGCCUUUUGGUUUUAGCUAGUAUGCCAGCACUCACACGCACACACCCUCACACUCACACUCACACUCACACUGGGUCUCGUGAGCCCAGUGGGCUUUACAUCAACACGUACUCUAUUACCUAUUGCUGGGAAUGCUCCUUUCGGCUUGACCGCCUGGACUCUGACAUGCUUACUCUGCUUCUCGGUUACGGUCAGCCCUGCGGUACUUCCUCGUUCACCCUCACGUUCUUUCGAUAUGCGUUCAUCAAAUCCAUCCUCUCUCACGCUACCAUCCCUCUUCUCUUUGUUAGCUGUGGCUGGCUGUCAUGGUCCUAGGUGUCCACUAGUUGUAAUUCCCCCAGGCUUCUUUGCCUUAGGUUAGUGGUCCUGCGAGGCCUACACCCAUCCUCAUACUCGGAGGUACUACGCCCCUCGGGCCAAAUCAUAGUUAGUCGCCUCGUAGCAUAGAGAGGGCCUCACCUGUCACUCCCGUUCUAUCUUAUGUUUAACUGUCACCGAGAGGCCAACACUCCACCGCAAAGUUCAGUGGCCACGUUAUCCCCUCGCGUCAACGCAUAGAUAGAGCCUCUCAUGCCGCUUGGUAUUUAGCAGGGCCUCCCCGUCAGCAAACAUAGUUUUAAUUGUUUCGCCUUUUGGCAUUAGCUAGUAUGCCAGCUCACACUCACGCGCACAUACACAUUGGGUAGCUUAUGCGCUGUUUCUUUGACUUUUUUAAAAAAAUUUUUAUUUAGCCAGUCUCCACUGCCUGGCGCUGGCGUGAUACUUUUUCCGCCUGGCUCUCUGGCUAGGUCUGAUACUCAUUGCGCUGUGGAGUUUCGGCUACUCCUACCUUCUUUGCGUGUCCUGGUCACUACUUCACUUCGCUGCAGUUCUUGCGAGUCGACUUAUUCCCUUCCCAGCAGCCUUCGGUCAGCUGAACUUUCAGCGUCUGUCUGCCUCCAUGGGUAACGCUGUUGCCGGAGGGGGCCCCGAGUUCGCUCUUCCAUUCUACGCUACUGUUGUCUAUAGGGCGGUUUCGGAUUGGCAAUUUAGGUAAUUGGCGUCUGCUGCUCUGGCUGGAUCCGAGCCAGACUUCCUGCACCUUUUUCACGCUUUCCACUUGGCUCUGCCUUCGGCCUCUCCCGUAGCCGCUGCCAUUCCCUGUGUUUCGCGGUCUGCUCGCGGACUACCAGCCUUGUUAGCUCGUGGUCGUCAUCUUUCUCAUCUGGCUCUUUCUGUUUACACUCGUGGUACAUGUGUUAGGGCCUUCUUCUCCUUUGAGGCUCCUUUUUCACGUUUACUGUCUUUUGCCAUGUUGUCUGCGAUUGUUUUUGCUUCUUUUGCCACCUCUAACUUGCAUCAACUCUACCGAUUACAACUUCACAUGCUGUUACAGGUUUACCAUUCAUACGCAGUUUCAUGUCCUCAUACCAGUUUAGUACCAUACUCAAGACAUUUCUGGCUCGCAGGGAAUUUAAAAUCUUGCAGAUAUCCCAUCCGCAUCCAAUUAGUUCAAUCACUAUCAGACCUAUUAGAUGCCUGUCCUUACGAACCAGACACCAACAUUCAAUGUAGGGUAAUAACUGCUUGAUCCAAGGUUAAAUCUGACUGCUAUUCUGGGGUCAAGAGGGAUUUUUUCCCCCUAGCUUGUUGCAAAUUGGCAGUGCUUCAAACUGGGUUUUUUGCCUUCUUUUGGAUCAACCACAAGGAAAUGGGGACCUAUUUACUUUCUCUUUCUAAUCAAGCCUCACUAUCACACAUCUCACUACUUGGGGCCAGUCCUCACACUACGACAUACUUACUAUUCUUUGGUGCAUUGAUCUUGGGGUCAGAUUUAAUCCGUUCUACUAUUCUGGUCACCCCUCUAGGAUAGGGUGGCAUCUAUGGCUUCAAUCUAGUUCACUUUGGUCCGUAUAUAUUUAAUCUCUAGGUCAAUGGACGUUCUCAGCAUAUUCCCCCAAAUGUACCACGUACCGCCAAGAUUAGCGACAGGCAUUUACCAUAUAGCUAGGCAAUUAAGGUUUUCUCAUCAGUUGUUGAUUGUUCUACGUUUCUGGCAUGUAUCAACUUUUUGCCCUCUUUUUUUUUUUUUUUUUACAGGCCUGCUGCGACGUCGGUUCCGGCACACCUCAACCGACUUAUUUCCCCCUUUACUAUGCUCCUCUUGGUAUGCUUCCUAUACGGCCUUAUUUGCCCCUCACACAAAUGCAAAGGCUUGGCCUGCAGUUGUGGGUGGGGUAUGUUACACUACUUAAACCCACCUACUCACCUUCCUCCGUCCCGUACGUGAUUUUAACGAUUCACUUGUCCCCACCCUCCACUCCCUCUAUCUAUAUUUUUCAUUACAUCUCAUGGGUGGGCCCUCUUUUUUUUUUUUUUAUUACAGGCCUGCCGCGAUGUCGGUUCCGGCACACCUCAACUGACUUAUUUCCCCCUUUACUAUGCUCCUCUUGGUAUGCUUCCUAUACGGCCUUAUUUGCCCCUCACACAACUAAAUGCAUAUCCUGGUUAACAGGUUUUGUAGAAUAUGAAUUACUAUUUGCUAAACACUAACGUUAAUACGAAAUAUAAAUGAUAUAAAAAAAAACAAAAACACUCCGUAUAAACUGAUUUCAAAAAGGCUAAUCAAUAUAAGUCGUGGUCAUUUCAUGAUAACUUAUUCUCCAUAGAGAUUUUAAAGACUGUUUAUUAAUUUGCAGAAAUAUUAGGUCAAAGAUGUCUGUUUGAGACAUAUAUUAAAGAAACGCUAUAACCACUAUAGCUUGGAAGAUGGCUUAACUGAGCUAACUCCUACCAUGCAUGGCCAAGUUAUUGGCUGAGUGAUGUCUGCCAACGACCUAAAACCUGCACCAGUCACUUCCUUCUGGAGGUUACAAACGCCAACAUCCAGGCUGAAUAGACUCCCCACAGUAGUAUGUGUGCUCCCAAUCCUUUCUUUGUACACAGUAUAUUUGGAAUUCAGACCAGAUUCCGUUGGGGUCCAGCUUCAGAGGCCUCUUUAGAGGUGGCCACAGGUGUAUGUGUGUGUGUGUGUGUGUGUGUGUGUGUGUGUGUGUGUAUAGGAGGAGUUUUCAAUAGUCAGGUCACUUUUAUUAUUUUCUUUAUUCAACACAGAUAUCAUAUGCAAUAGUGAGUAUAUUCAUUCUAGCACUUUAAUUGUUUAGCACUGUUUUUAAUUGCUUUCAUCACUUUAUUUUGUAUACUCACUUUGCUCUUACAAGGAUUUACUGUAAUACAUUUUAUUUUUAACACUAGUACUAUUUAAUAUGUCCCCCACAUUUUAGCGUAGGACCCACCAACAUUGGGGUACUUUGAAAGCAGUGGUGGGCUUUACAUCAUACAUGGUGGAACUAAAUCCCCAUAUUUAUUCUUAGAUAGGCAAUUUUAGAAGCCUUCUUUGUGUUGUAUUUUUUUGUAGUCUGAGUGCGCAGCAACUAUUUUUUUCAUGUAUGAAGUUUGGUCACUGCGGCAGCACCUUUCAUGCGAAAUUCAGGUCUCAGGUGUGCCCCCAAUCCUUUCUCUGUACACACCACAGUAGUAUAUCAGGGUUAAAUUCUUUCCCCUAUACCAAGUGUUAUACGGUUAAUUUGCUUAAUUCCUUCUAACUAUCCCACAACUAUUAAUUCAGGAUCCAUGGUUGGUGAGUGAUGACUCUUCACACAUCACAAAGAUCACAUCAUACAGGAUAUUUGCCAGAUAGUCUCCCUAACUAUACGCAAUUCUGUUUAUAUAUAUAUGCUGCGAUAUCUCCUAGUUUGGCCCUGCGUGGCCAGAUUGAUCGUCAUGUUGUGAAAGACCUGCGUGUCUCACCAGUGGUGGACAUUCAUGAUAUCCAUUCCCUACAUCCUCAAUGGAAAUGUUGAUUUACAAAAAAGAUCUACUUGAGACCUGUGACUCGUAUUUUAAAUAAUGCUUUUGGGCCCUGCAAGACCCACUCUGAUAUUUCUGUUUUUUACCGAAAAUGCUCUUCAAUAAAAAUAUACCUGUAUUUCCAAAAAAAUUAAGAUAUUUUGUCCUAGAAAAGUCAAACUGAAUUGGUAAUGCAUAUGAACAAAGAAAAAAUAUUUGAGGUUUGGUUGCCAACAGUAACAUUUUCAUUAAAUGAUAAUUAAUUUCAGAGUCCACUAUUUAGCAUGUGCGUUAGGAUGACUUAUUUAAACCAUGGGAACAGAGAUCUGAAUACAUAAAAAAUAUCUGUAACAAAAUACAAAAAGGAAAUCUUAACCAAUAUGACAAACUGUGGAAUAAUUAAAAGUAAACUAAAUUGAAGAUCCGUCAUACAGUCUCAAAGAGGUAUAUAAUAUCAGAAUCUGUAAACUGGGAUAUAAGCAACCUUGAGACGUUCCCUUUCACUCCUUGGCUUACUGGAAGGAAUCUGGACCAAUGAUGUUCUAAUAUUAUAGAAGGGGCUGUGACCAGACAGUGGUACGCUAUGUGCUUGGACUUUGUCUAAGAUGUUCUUGCAAUCUCUUGAAUGAAUGUGCCACAUACUGGAUUGCACAUGUACUGGUGGUGUACAUACUGUAAGGGGAUAUAUUUGACUCAGGGAAUAUUGGCUCUCCUCAAUAUGACAUGUUUUAAUUUUAUAUUUAUUUUUAAUAUGGAUGUUUUUUUUUUUUUCUGAUAUUUUUAAUAGUCAUCCCAUAUGGAUAAUCCCACCAUAUAUAUAAAUCCUUAUUAUUUAGUAAAUGGUUUAUCUUGGUUUGUACUAUAAUCCUGGUUUUAUUUUUUACAUUGAUAUUAGGAGAGUGGGGGUGGGGGUUGAACAUAAUUUCAAAGGUGAUGGCACACAGACCAUGCUGUGUCUUAGAACUGUAUAUGUGGCUUAGAACUUCUAUCUAUCUCUCAGAAAAUUAAUUUUUAUUUUAUAUUCUAUAUUUUUUUUAAGGUGCCAACAUUCCAAAGCCAGUGAUGACGCACGCCCUGAGCCUUCUCAUGCAAAAACCUUAAUGGACAUUGGUACAAGACGCGUAUUUAAUGGUGAUCAUGAUAUUUUCAGAGAAAGUGCCAGAAGGUUCUUCCAACAGGAAGUAGUCCCUCACCAUACGGAGUAAGUUUUUUUAUUUUUUUUUUUUGUAUUUUUUUUUUUGGUUUUUACUACAUAUGAAGUAGUGGAUAUAAAAUAUUGUUGAAUCUUCAAUAUGUUUAUUAGGCCAUUGUGCAAGAGUAUUCUGAAGUGCAGUUUCCAACAUUUGUCUUACUAUAUUAAAACAACAACUCUUUUACUUUCCAAAAUGAGAUCAUAAAGGGUUAUUUCAAGUACUGUUUUUUUAUACCAAUAAACAACCAUGAAUUUGGAAAGCUGGUUAAAGCAGGGAACUCUACUGUUCCUCAAAUAGCAGAGACAAGUGACAAGUUAAAAAAAAAAAAAAAGAAAAGCACACAAUGCUAGCCAAUUUUCUUCUCAAACAAAGAAAAGAAAAUCUGAUGAUCGCUACUUGUCAUUUGGAUUUACAAGUGCCAAAAAGGAAGAUUGUCCUGAAGCACAAUGCGUACUUUGCAAUAAAAUAUUGCCAAACACUUGGCACCUGGUAAAUUACGUCAUCAUUGUGAGCAAAACCACGCAGAGUACAAAGAUAAAGACAUUGACUUUUUUUUUUUUUUUUUUUAAAGCGAAGGCUAAAGGAGUAUCAGAAGGAGUAUCACGGCCAUCUUUAACGCGGGGGCAAACAGGGCAGCUUCCCCGGGCCCAGUUGCUCCGGGGGGCACCAGAGCAGCUGCCCUGUGGGCCCUGCGAUUUGCGCAGCCCCCAUAGACCCGGCUUGCGGCUGCACAGAGCCACACCGGCCCGCACACUAAGGAGGCCCCCCAGGUGGCUCAUGCACGCAUGCACUAAGGGCGACCUGGUGGGCAUGUGUCAGUAGGGGCCUGUUCAGGCGCUGUGACACUUAUACAGCGCGACCGGGCCUCUUCCUGUUCGGCAGCCGGCUGGGAGGAAGUGAGUGCCGCCCGUCAUUUCCUCCCACUGGAGAUCAGAGCCGCGCGGGAGGAGGGGAGUUCCAGAGGAGAACUCUCAACUGCCUCAGCCUGCCACUGGACCCUAGGGAGACCACCCUCCAGAAAAAGGUAAGAACCUGGAGGGUGGCUAAAUGUGUGUGUGUCAAUAUGUCUGUCAGUGUAUGUGUCCGAAUGUGUGUCUAUAUGUCUGCCAGUAUAUAUUUGUGUGUCAGUGUAUGUGUGUGUCAGUAUGUAUUUGUGAAUGUCUUAAUGUGUCAGUAUGUCUGUCAGUGUGAUUUGAGGGUUGGGCGUAAUUGAGGGGGGGUGGAAAGGGGAAGGGGCCCAAGGAAAUGCUUCAUCCAGGGUCCUAUUCAUAUUAUAGACGGCCCUGAGAAGAGUAAACAAUUUUAUGAGAAAAAAAAUGUCAAAAUGCUAAUGAAAAAGCCACAGAGGCUUCUUACAGAGUGAGUUAUCGCAUAGCACUUGCAGGAGACAUACACACACACAAUUUAGGAAUCCCUAAUAAAACCAUGUGCCAAAGAAAUAGUGUCAUGUAUUUUAAGUGAGUAGUUGAGUGUAGUAAAAAAACAAAAACAAAUUUAAGCUGUGCCACUUUCCAACAACACAGUUUUGCGCCAUAUUCAUGAUCUUGCUGAUGACAUCCAUACUGAACUAAUUUCUCGACUGCACCAAUGUGAUGGGUACUCACUGCAAUUAGAUGAGUCCACAGAUGUUGCAGGACUUCCAAUGUUGUUGGUUUUUGUUAGAUAUAAUUUUGACAAACAGAUUGAAGACUUGCUUCUGUGUGAAACUUUGAAAACUCAUACCACUGGUGAGAACAUCUUUAACUGUAUCAUAAACAUGCACAGUAUAAAUUGGGACAAAUGUGUAGAGGUGUGCAGUGAUGGUGCCAAAGCAAUGGUUGGGAAGGUGGCAAGCGCUGUGACAUGAAUAAGAAAUGUAGCAAAAACCACACCAGUUCUCACUGUGUUCUUCACAGACCUAUACUGGUAGCUAAAAAUACUUCAAUCUCACUUAAAACUGUGCUAGACGAAUCAGUCCAGAUGAUUAACCCCUUAAGACCGGAGGACGUACAAUUACACCCUAUUUUAGGCGUAAUUGUACGCCCUCCGGUCUUUUCUUACUUACCUGGUCGCCGGCGGUCGGACGCCGGUGGUGGCGGUGGGGGGGACUCCCAGGGAGCCCCCCCGCGGUAGGUCCUCUUCCUCCGGUGCCCCCCGGCCAUGUUAGAGUGAGGUCCUUGCGAGGACCCCACAAUCACAUGGCCGGGGGUAGCUGCCUCCUGCAUUGCCAGCAGGGGGGCUGCCUGUAAUGACAGGUGGUCCCCCUGCUGGCUGGAAAUGAAAUUAAAAUAAAAUUAAAAAGUAAAGUGUAAAAAAAAAAAAAAUAAUAAAAAAAUAUAUAUAUAUAUAUAUAUACACAUACACUGUCUAGGUGUAUUUUACUAUUAAUAUAUAUAUUAAUAUCAAAUUACACGUAGACUGAUACUGAUUAAAUAUAUAUAAUUAUUGUUAUAUAUAUAUUUAUAUAUAAUAUAAAAAAUUAAAUAUGUAAAUACGUUAAAAAAAAUUAAAAAAUUUAAAAAAAGUGUUCUUUCAUUCUAACUGUAUUGUGAUAUUAAAAUAUAUAUAUAUAUAUAUAUAUAUAUAUAUAUCAAAAUACACGUAGAACGAAAUAAUAUAUAUACACGUAUAUAUCAAUAUAUAUAUUCAUAUUAAAUUAUGUUUCAUAGCUAAAUAUUUGAUAUUAAAUGAAAGCCCUGUUUUCCCGGAAUAAAAUUAUAUAUAAUAAGGGUGGGUGCAUUUACUAUGAAAGAGUUGAAUUACGGUUGGACAGACAUGUAGCGCAAAUGCCAGGUUUUGUUUACAUUUUGUUUCGUUCACAACGUGCACAUUUGGCUCCGUCCUUAAGGGGUUAAUUUUAUAAAUAGUUGACCAUUACAGUCACAACUAUUUAAAAUUAUAUGUUCAAGAAGAGAUUGUAGCAGUACUUGUCCAGUGAUGUAGAUGUAAAAAAACAGAUAAAAUUCUUAUAUUUUCAUACCCGAAAGCUUGUCAUUAAAAAAUUCUGUUCGUCCAAUAAAAAAGGUAUUACAAGAUAUACAUUUUAUCUGUUUUUUACAUCUAAAAUUAUAUGGGUAGUCUCUGCUCUGCUUUUGCAUUCAGAAGUCCGUUGGCUAUCACAAGGAAAAGUCCUUGUUAGAAUGUUUGUUUGAAUUGCGUCAAGCGUUGUUUGCAUAUUUCCAGGAUCAUAAAUUUGGAUUAUCUGAUCGAUUAACAAACACUCUGUGGUUAUCCAAAGUAGCAUAUCUUGCAGACAUAUUCACAAAAUUAGAUGACGUAUGUUUAUCACUCCAAGGGAAAAACACUAAUAUUUUUAGCUGCAGUUUUGGACCUCAUCUGAUGAGCAAAAUAAUUUGAACUCUUUGCCAACACUUAAGGAUUUCUUGAAGAAUCAGAAAUUGAACUUGAAGGUGAAAUUCUCAAUGAAAUUGUAGAUCAUCUUUGCCAUUUAAUCACAUCUAUUAAUCAGUAUUUUCCAUUCUUGAAUGAAAACAAUGAGUGGGUUCAAAAUCCAUUCUAAAAGACAUCAAGCCAAUAUUUCUGAUGUAGAUUUUGAGAAUCUGAUCGAUAUAACGUCUGACAGCCAACUAAGCCAAAAAUUCAAAGAAGUUUCUCUUAUUGCUUUUUGGAGUGAUUUACGUGAAUAAUACCCAGAAUUGUCCAAGCGGGCAAUCAAAGUUCUGUUGCCAAUCGCCAGCACAUACUUAUGUGAAACUGGCUUCUCGCUUUACUCUGCAACAAAAACAAAGUAUUGAAAUCGACUUGACGCAACUGCAGACAUGCGAAUACAAUUGUCAACAAUUAAACCAGAUCUAAAAAUAAUUUGCCAGCAAAAGAGAACAUUACACUCUGCUCAUUGAAAGGUUUGCGCUGCGCUACUCUACAUAGAAUGUGACGGCAGAUAAGAACCAUUCGGCCCAUCUAGUCUGCCCAAUUUUCUAAAUACUUUCAUUAGUCCCUGGCCUUAUCUUAUAGUUAGGAUAGCCUUAUGCCUAUCCCACGCAUGCUUAAACUCCUUUACUGUUUUAACCUCUACCACUUCAGCUGGAAGGCUAUUCCAUGCAUCCACUACCCUCUCAGUAAAGUAAUACUUCCUGAUAUUAUUUUUAAACCUUUGUUCCUCUAAUUUAAGACUCUGUCCUCUUGUUGUGGUAGUUUUACUUCUUUUAAAUAUAGUCUCCUCCUUUACUGUAUUGAUUCCCUUUAUGUAUUUAAAUGUUUUUAUCAUAUCCCCCCCCCCCCAUCUCGUCUCUUCUCGAAGCUAUACAUGUUACGAUCCUUUAACCUUUCCUUGUAAAUUUUAUCCUGCAAUCUAUGAACCAGUUUAAAAGCCCUUCUCUGUACUCUCUCUAAAGUAUCAAUAUCCUUCUGAAGAUACGGUCUCCAGUACUGUCUACAAUACUCCAAGUGAGGUCUCACCAGUGUUCUGUACAAUGGCAUGAGCACUUCCCUCUUUCUACUGCUAAUACCUCUCCCUAUACAACCAAGCAUUCUGCUAGCAUUUCCUGCUGCUCUAUUACAUUGUCUGCCUAGCUUUAAGUCAUCAGAAAUAAUCACCCCUAAAUCCUUUUCCUCAUAUGUUGAGGUUAGAACUCUAUCAAAUAUUCUGUACUCUGCCCUUGGGUUUUUACGUCCAAGAUGCAUUAUCUUGCACUUAUCCACAUUAAAUGUCAGUUGCCACAAUUCUGACCAUUUUUCUAGUUUACCUAAAUCAUUUGCCAUUUGACUUAUCCCUCCUGGAACAUCAACCCUGUUACAUAUCUUAGUAUCAUCAGCAAAAAGACAUACCUUACCAUCAAGACCUUCUGCAAUAUCACUAAUAAAAAUAUUAAAGAGAAUGGGUCCAAGUACAGAUCCCUGAGGUACCCCACUGGUGACAAGUCCAAGCUUCGAAUAUAUUCCAUUAACUACAACCCUCUGUUGCCUGUCACUCAGCCACUGCCUUACCCAUUCAACAAUAUUGGAAUCCAAACUUAAAGAUUGCAGUUUAUUGAUAAGCCUUCUAUGUGCAACAGUGUCAAAAGCCUUACUGAAAUCUAGGUAAGCAAUGUCUACUGCAUCUCCCUGAAGUAAACCCAUGUUGUCUCUGAUCUUGAAAUCCAUGUGUUUUUAGUUGUUCAACAAUCCUAUCCUUUAACAUGGUUUCCAUCACUUUCCCCACCACUGAAGUAAGGCUUACUGGCACACAUUUAAAUUUUUUAUUUAUUUUCAUUCAUUUUAGGGUUCAAAAGUUUGGCUAUACCAUGUUAAAGGGUUCCAAGGGAAAAAAUAAUUGGGAAUCCCUGCUUUAGUGAAUAACUAUGGUAGGAUUCUACUGACUGGCCUUAAACAUGGUUACAAUUGUACCACGCGUCAGACUACAGUUUCCAUCAAAUUUACUGGUAAAGCUAUGGUGAGGUUGUUUGCUCUUCCACAUGCUAAGCUUGCCGUACUAUUUCAUUUUGUUUUCUAGUACCGUUUAACACAAUCGUCUUCAUGCUAUGCAGUCCUUAAGACUUCUGAACUGUUUCACCUUACCACUACCACCAUGGUUGUCUCGAAGGUCCAACACAGAGCCAUGGAUAGUGUUGAUAAAGGCGCAGGCCUCUUCUAUUCCUGGCAGUCAUAUACCUCCUCUGUUGUGGGGAAGCAGCUUCAUGUAUGGUCCAUGUGAACUCCUAUAGCAUCUAUUUAUACACUAUUGAUAAACGUGUGUGUGUGUGUGUGUGUAUAUUACACAUACGUAUACACCCAUGUCCCUUAUGGUAUAGAACUUGUCAUUUUUUUACACAUUUUCACGUACUGUUUCCUAUUUUUAGGUGGGAGAAAGCUGGACAGGUGAGCCGUGAAGUUUGGGAGAAAGCCGGCCAACAGGGUCUUCUAGGAGCCACUAUUCCAGAGGAUCAUGGUGGCAUUGGUGGGGACAUCCUGUCUUCUGCCGUUGUGUGGGAGGAGCAGUAAGUAAUCUAGGAAAUUCCUGUAAAUGUAUUUUCAAAUUUUAUAUGUGCUUGUCCAUUAUAGGAUUAAACAUUCAUGUCAAGUAGUGUCUCUGAAGACAUUUUUUUUUUUGAAAUUCUGUGUCUAAUUUCUGUUCUAGGAAUAUCAGCAGGCACAUUUACCAAAUGCACUAUGCAAGUGCUACAACAACCUGUGCUGUUUGCAAACGUUAUGGUUAAAGGAGGUUCCGUAAUACUGUAUCCGGACUUGUAAAAAUCACUGUUUAAGCCCACACCAUCAUUCAGAAAUGGAAGCUAAUGCUCCCACCCCCCCAGUGUGUCCAAGUAUCAGUACCUGUAUAGUGUGCACCUGCAGUACGAGUCUCUACCUGCUCUAACAUGUUCCUUAACUGAUUUCUGUGAAAGAUUCAGAACCGCAUCCGUACCUGUACCUCUAUUUAAAGCAGGGGUGGGAAAUGUCCUGCCUGCGGGCCGUAUAAGGCACGCAAAAUAAUUUUGUCUAACCCUGCCAAGGCAUUCGCAGGUCGGACUCGAAAUCCAAUAGCCCUGAUUACAAAUAAUUUUUUUUAUCUGUUAACAGAGCUAUCUGUUCAGGCAGCAGCUUCAUUUAUUUUAUCUGAUAAAUUGAACUGCAGCAGAGCCCGUGGAGGGUAAUCUGGGGUGUUCCUUUAUGUAAUACAAACAUAUAUUCCUAACACUAUAGUGUUACCCUACCUAUGUAGGGGUCCCUCCCCCAAGGUAAGAUUUACUUACCUUAUAGCCUGUUGUACACUGGUCUCUAUGCUGAAGCUCCGCAUCUGAGAUCAUCAACCUUUAAUGAAAAAUGCCACUCUGACAAUCAAAUGGUCUUUAUGAGAUCAUCUGAUUGAAUAGUCGAGAUUAACUUGGCAAUUGAAGCCAAAGCACCUCUAUUUACUGUCAAAAAGACAGGCACUAGUGGCAUAUUAACCUUGCAAUGCCAACAAAAUUAUUCCUGCAAAAGGCAAUGGUUUUUAGUUGCAAGGUUGAAAAGACAUUGGGAUGAAGUGGUUUUGGUGCCUAUAGAGUUAAUUUUAUCAUUGUGUGUGCAUUUUUUAAUGAAUGUUAAAUUAUUUAACUCCCUUCACUUAAAUCUAGAGUACUAAACGUGUUAACAUUCUGACCAGUCUGUAGAACUCAUUGAGUUAUUAGUUCAUCUGUUAGCUAUUGUUAAGUUUAUUUUUGAUUUGUGAUUUGAAUGUCAGUUGAGCAUUGUUAGACAAAACAAAACCCAAGGGUUUCCGUAGACUUGUUUAAUUUUUUUUUAACCCACACAUUUCUUUGGCAUACCUUACAUUCCAUGCAGGUACAGAAUUCAGAGUAGUCCCAGAGUACAUACCUUUAACCUUUUUAUUUUGUGUCCUUUUUAUGUAUGAGCAUUGGGAGCUUAUAGGUGUAAAUCAAUAUGCUGCUCCUUUGCCAAUUUACAAACUGUGUGGCAUUAUGACUUUGCCACAGGGUUGCUGAGCUCUAAAAGUGUGGCACUUAAAACUUCCGAAAUAGAGAGCAGUAAGGGGCACAACCUCCCCAAAACAAACCUGAAGGUGCUUCUCAUGCAAUGAGAUGGAAACCCCGACCGGAUCGUCCAAGAUUUUCCGGCCGAUAUCGCAGAUUUGCUGCAGAGGCUGUGUGGCGAGGGGAGUCCUGACAUGGUGGCGGACAUUGGAGAUUUCUGACACGUCGAAAGAUUACGGUCCUUAUAAUGUGGAAGACCUGGCCACCCAAGCCCACCCAGCCAACUGAGGAGGUGUCACCACAGCAAUACUUACCAGCCUCUUGGUGGACCUCUGUCAAAACCUAUCCUCAGAAAUCUCGCAGGUCAGAGGGUUCAAUGUUCGACUGGAUGCAGUGAGAAGACCACCAUAGCACAUGCUGCACAAUUCAUCGAGCUGCAGAAACAGGUCAGUGACCUAACUUCAGCCAAUACCACUCUGAGCCACUCUGAGCCACCAGCUAGUACCGGUAGAAGAUAAGAGGCAGUGGCAACUGAAGAUUAGGGACUGCCACACUUUCUAUGCAGGCUCUUUGCAGCCCUCCUACCUCCUUAACAAGCAGAAGGCAUAAUGCUGAAUGGGAUGUUCCCUAAACCUCUCGAUUGCAGCUUCACCCACCAACGACAUUGCCUUUUACUCCACCCUUUCCCACAUGACCGUGGCGGCUCUAGACUUCGUGAGGCCUUAGGCGAAACUCAAACAUGAGGCCCCCACUAACAUCCAAAGUGGAAAACAAAAUGGGGGUUGCAUUGUGUGUGUUUAAGGUGCUGUAGCUGUAUUGAAGAACAAGCUUGCAGAGCUAGUUUAUGUAUUCAUUGUUCAGAGGCUUGCAGUGUCGCGGCUCCCUGUGCCGCUGCGUUGUGAGCGAGCUCUGCCACUGUUAUAGCAUAAUUUACAAACUAAAUUAAUUUGCAAUAAACAAAUGUAAUUAGCAAUUAUGCUAAUCUUUAAAACAUGACUGUGGGGCAUGGUUACAUAGCCUGGCAGUCGUGUAUACAUUAGUGCCGGAGUGUGUCUGGCAUUGUCUAUCUGUGUAUGUGCAUGAAAGUGUGUGUCUGACCGAGAGUAUCAUUGUGUGUGAAUGUAUGUCUUUAUAAAUGUGUCUGGGACUGUAUGUGUGUGGAGUAUCUGCUUGCAAUGUGUUGUAUUUAUGAGGGCUGCAUGUGACCUUUUGUGCAUGUGUGUAUGAUGAAUGUCUUCUGUUUGUGACUGUGAGAAGGUAGGGUGGCUGCGACAUGGUAGGGGAGCUGUAACAGGGUAGGGGGGCUGUGGGAGCAUAAGGGGACUGGAGGGGCUGUUGCAUGGUUGGGGGCUUGAGGGGCUGUGACAGGGUGGGGGUGGAUUGGCUGUGACUGGGGGGUAAAGUGGCUGUGACAGUGGGCAGAGGAGGGUGGAGGGGAUGUGACAGAGGGUAGAGGGAAGGGUGGAGGGUCUGUGACAAUCGUGUGUGUGUGUGUGUUUGGGUAUGUGUCUGUAUUAAUGUUUCUGUGUCUCUGUAUAUGUGUGUGUCUGGAUGUAUACGUGUGUGUGUGUGGGCAACGUAUGGGUGAUUGGCGUAGGGUAGACGUAUAGGGGAACCCCCAGGGCAAUUUUCGCACCUGGGCUUUGUGGUUUCUAGUUACGCCUCUGGUCACACAUAUCAUUAAUAACAAUAGUAUGCCAUGUACCAUACCUUUUUGCAACCUGUACCGUACAGUCUAAUUGUGAUGUAUGUAGGAACUGUAAAAUCAAAACUUAUAAAUAAAGAAUUAAGAAACAAAACCAAAAAAAAACAGCUUGCAAAACCUGCAGAUCUCUUGUCUGCUGCCUUUACAAGUGCUCCCUUCUAACCCUGCCCGGACAUUCUGUGGCUAUUCAAUCACAGACUUCCCAAUGCAGCUCAAUAAGAAGUCUUUGCAAGUCAGGUGCUCUGGGCAAUUGCUGCCUCUUGAGUGUGGAGGUGGUCUGGAGUGUCCCUUUUAAUUGGCUGAGUGUGCACGCAUGCUGCCAUUGCAAAACCUCAAACUCUUCAUCCAUUGUGAAUGAGGAAAAUAACAAGCGUCAAAGGAGAUAUAUGAAAACUUUCACCAUUAAGAAAUGUUAGUCUUUGUAGUAUUAAAAAUAAAGCAAGGUAGGCACACUCCAAUAAUUAAUACAAGCUAGCUCCUUUAAAUGGAGCUCUGUAAGAACUAGGUAUUUGGUGCUCACUUACAUAAGGCUGUAUCCCCAAAAAGCCCAAAAAGAUGCAAGUACGAAUUGAGUAAGGAGCACAGCCAUAAAUGUUUAUAUACAAAAAAUCUUUAUUAAAUGGGUACACACUAAUAGCAUAUCUCAUUAAAUAUGAAACCAAAGUACACAAUCAUAACAUAUUGUUAAGCAACUGCCAGAAAAAUUCUGGAUAUAUAUCAAGGGAGCUCCCUUGAUAAAGGCAUUUUGCUGAAACGUUGGGAGCUUUUUGGUUGACUCUGUCCCUGCUUCUCACUAGGUCUGGUAUGCUUUUUGUAUUUUUUUUCUAUCUGUGUUUGUUCUUGUGGGUUUGGAUUGUAUUGGUAUCUAAUUUAGUUACCUAUGAUAUUGAAACUUAGUUAUUUCAUACAUUACGCAUUUGGCGCUUGUAUAUAGCCAGAAUUUUUCUGGCAGUUGCUUUACAACAUGUUAUGAUUGUGUACUUUUUGGUUUCAUAUUUAAUGAGAUAUGCUAUUAGUGUUUACCCAUUUAAUAAAGAUUUUUUUGUAUAUAAACAUUUAUGGCUGUGCUCCUUACUCAAUUCGUAUGUCAGACUGCCAGUAGGUGGCACUCUUUAGCAAAAGAAGAUUCAUAUGUAUGUGAAAUCUUCAAUUAAGAUAUUUUACUUGGAUAAAAAAAAGACCAGAAAUAGAUAAAAAAUUAGGCAAAAUUAAAUAACUAAAACUAUUAAAAUAGUUUGAUUUAUGCAGUUUUCGGAAAAGGUGGUGGUAUGGGGGGGAGGUAAGGGGGGUCUUGAUAUCACAUUUAGAGCAAAAAAUUCCAAAGCGCUAUUAAUUACUGCUAGUUUGAUACUUUUAUUUAUUUUUUUUCUCUCUCUGCAAAUAUGGGGUAUGACACAACUUAAUUUUGAUAUGAUCACAUCUCAAAUUGCAAUAUUUUCUUUUAGUUAUUUAUGAUACAUUUUAAUUUUAGUAUUGUCAAAUUAUCAGUUGGGAUCUUCAUUGUAUAUGGCUAACCAUUUAAUCACAAUAUUAAAGGAACACAAACAUAUAUUCCUGACCCUAUAGUGUUAAAACCACCGUCUACCUAAAUAUAGUAAAAUCUUACUUGUAUUCAAGUCUCAAGCUGCUGUCGCUGCCUCUGGCUGCUGACAUCAUCAGAAGUGGGGAUCUGAGCCAAUCACAAUGCUUCCCCAUAGGAGUGGCUGAGACUGUCAAGGAGGCUUCUCAGGGGCAGAGCAAGCACAAGUCAAACAGCCCUGGCCAAUCCGCAUCUCCUCAUAGAAAAACAUUGAAUCAAUGCAUCUAUAUGAAGAAGGGUCAGUGUCUGCAAGCAGAAGGUGGAGACAUGGAAUGGCACUGCUGCACACUAGGCAGGACUGCCCCAGGAAGCACCUCUACCUGCCAUCUGAGUGGUGGCCAGUGAAGUGAUCACUAGGCUGUAAUGUAAAUGCUGCUUUUUCUCUGAAAAGACUAUGUAUAGUGCAAAAAGCCUGAAGGGAAUGAUUCUACUCACCAGAACAAAUACAAAUAGCUGUAGUUGUUCAGGUGACUAUAGUGUCCCUUUAAAUAAUGCGCCGCAGUAAAAUCACCAACUUUCUUUAUAGGUAGCAAUAACCAUACUUUCACCUAUGUAGAUAGCUAAAUAAAUAUUCAGAAAUUAAUUCUAUUUUCUUCUUGCAUAAUUUGUUAUUCAUUAUAGUGUGAAUUGUCUGGAUUUAAGCGUGAGUUACAUAUAUUAGGCCACAGUAAUAGAGACAUUUUCAAAACCUGUUAUGUUUGCAGUUCAACUACUUUGGCCCACAAUUUUAAAUUCACUUUGUUUCCAUGGUAAUUCACAGCUUCGUGAAUGGCUCCAUUCCUUUGCAAACUGUUCAAUAAUGCUUCUCUUUGUUCUCCAGGAUGUAUGUGAAUUGCACCGGCCCGGGAUUUAGCCUUCAUUCUGAUAUCGUGAUGCCUUAUAUCUCAAGAUAUGGCAGUAAGAGCCAAAUUGAGAAGUAUAUUCCUAAGAUGGCUGCUGGUCAAUGGAUAGGCGCGAUUGCUAUGACGGAACCCGGAGCUGGAAGGUAAGAUGGCCUUUCAGAUUGUCAAAGUUUAUAGAAAUAAAGCUGGAGAGAGCAAGUGAAGUCAGCAGCCAAGCAGAAAGACUUUCCACCUCCCCCCCCUACAUUUUAUUUAAGUAAAACAUAACAAUAUAAUUGGUGUCCGGUUUACAUAAAGUUGCUCUGUCACCUCAAACUUGCUUUUCUCCUGCUGAUUCCGCUUCUUUCCCUCUCUAAUAAUAUGUUCUUAUUUUCUUCCUUUCUGAUCUAUUUCUCUUUAAAACAAAAGGCAAAGUAGAGUCUUAUGUUUUUGUUUUUUAUUCCCUCCACCUGACAAAAGGGUGGAGCUUAAGGCAAGGUCCACUUCCUUUGUCAAGAUAACAGAGGGUAAAGCUCCACCUUUUUAAAUAAAAAAUCUCCACUUUUAAAAUUUCUGGGUUAAAUGUCACUUUUUUUAAUUUUUAUACCCUCUUGCCAUGGUGAAGGGCAUGAGUACUUGGCGGUCCCUGCUGGUCGCAGCUUGCAGUCUGCACCUUCUGCGGGUGCAGUCCCUUUGUACCUUUUUGUUUCAGAUCUGGCGCUUUUCUAAUGAAACAGGCCAUUGUCAUUGUAACCCAAGGCAAUGGCCUAAAUCCUGGUGAAGCGUCAGAGCAUGCUUGAAGGUUUCCUGAGGUGAACACCAAAGGCUCCCUUGCACCAGGGUGCAUGGACUCUCCUGGCCGACUGUGGAGAUCCACUGAUCUCCCUAACUGGCCCAUUUGCCUUUGGCGGCCUCAUGUGCCAUGCAGAGGACCGCCGCGCGCCAUAUUCGGCCAAAACUUGAUCUAUACACUAAGAAACGUAAUUCAGCUAAAGGUGUUCUAGUGCUUAGUGUCCCUUUUAAUGAAAUUGGCGAAAAAAGGUUUAUCAGGAAGAUACAGAGAACAAUGGAAAUCCAGUUUAAAGUGACCAUAGUUAAUCUUCUCAUUUAGUGACUUGCAAGGUGUUCGCACAAACGCUAAGAAGGAUGGCAGUGACUGGAUACUGAAUGGUAGUAAGGUAAGGCUCUCUGCUAGAUAAUCAAUGUAUCUUGACAUUUUCCUUUGUAAAUACAAUUACUCAUGGAUCUUCCUAGGCAAAGACAUAGGAGUUUGAUCUCUUCCUGUCAAAUACCAUUAACUAAUGAAUUACCACAGGACAACAUCUGUACUUUUUUAAAUGUCUUUAUUUUUUCUCAUUUCUAUUAUGUCAUGUUGUCAUGGCUUCUGAUUCUAAAAUGUGUACAUUUACUUUGAUUCAGAAUUGUAUAUGUGAUCUACAAGACAGACUGUGAGUAUACAUUGAUGCAUAUAUCCCUGGGAAAACAUCAUAUCUAUUUUGAGUCUAUUAAAGGACCACCCUCAGGGGCCCCCUCCCGCUGGGCUCUGGGGAGAGGAAGGGGUUAAAAUCUUACCUUUCUCCAGCGCCGGGCGGGGAGCUCUCCUCCUCUUCGGCUUUUUAAUGCUUUCCUAUGGACGCCGGCGUCUUCUCACUGUAAUUUUCACAGUGAGAAGCACGCAAGCGCCUCUAGCGGCUGUCAAUGAGACAGCCACUAGAGGCUUUAGAGGCUGGAUUAACCUAUUUAUAAACAUAGCAGUUUCUCUGAAACUGCUAUGUUUAUAAAAAAAUAAAAUAAAAAUAAAAAUGGGUUAACCCUAGCUGGACCUGGCACCCAGACCACUUCUAUAAGCUGAAGUGGUCUGGGUGCCUAGAGUGGUCCUUUUAAGCUGCAUAUUUUUUCGUAAAGUUUUAUUUCAUAAUUUAGAGCAUUUAUGCAACACUGUGAUAGUCACAGGACACAACUGGUGCUGAAAGGGUUAAGAGUGAAUGAUUCUUAUUAAACAAUAAUAAUUGGAAAGUGUUUUUUUUAUUUUUUUAUUUUUUUUUGUGUAGGUAUUUAUCACCAAUGGCUGGAUGAGUGAUGUAGUCAUUGUUGUUGCCGUCACAAACCGUGAAUCUCGCACUCCAGCUCAUGGUAUCAGCCUCUUUCUCGUCGAUAACGGUACCAAAGGCUUUGUGAAAGGACGGAAACUGGAAAAAAUUGGUUUGAAAGCACAGGUACCGUGUUUGCUGCUAACCUGUCUACUUUGGGGAAAAGAGAUUUGACUGUGAUUUGGAAACUUGUUCAGUCAUAUACUGUGUUACUGUAUGUACAUAUAAGAGUGCAUACAAUCCAAAGGUUAAAUUCCUGUUUUGAAAAUUGUGUGUGUAUAUAUUUUUGGGGGAGGAAUAAGGGAUUUAUCCAACUAAAGUACACUAUAGUAAAUUGGGGAAAACAAAGUUGAAUUGGGGAGUUUUUGUGACUUGCAUGUCAACUCCCCACAACGCGAUGUUCGGUAAAUAGACCCCAUUAUACUUUAACAGUUAUUCAAUGUGUGCAAACUGUAAGUCAAUUGUGUACAUCAGCUGUAACAUGGUGAACCUCCUCCGUUUUAAAUGUUUAGUUUAAUUAAUGAAAACAUUUUUAUUGUUUUUGUGGGGUGUCUUAUUUCAGGACACUGCAGAAUUAUUUUUUGAAGAUGUGAGACUUCCAGCAGAUGCUCUGUUAGGAGAGGAAAAUAAGGGUUUUUACUACCUAAUGGCUGAACUGCCCCAGGUGAGGUGUUUUGCGCUUUAUUUAUUUAUUUUUUAUACACACGGUAGUUACUGUACCCUUGGAUGAUAUGUUGCAUACCAUUUUUACACUUUUUGAAAUGAAACAUUCUGCUUUGAAAGGGCAGUGAUAUUGGUGCUGCUACUUUAUCUCUGCCUUUUGGCACCACUCCAUCCCCUACAUCACCUUUAUUCUCAGGUAGGAUUAAGAAUAUGGAAGAUGCCUCCUAGAAGAUCCUACAAGAUGAUUAACACCAACACGAACUUGCCAUGUAUGUUCAUAGGAUGACUGGCUAUAUAGUCAUAUAUUGCAUGCUAAUGGCUGUUAGUGGGCUUACCUGUGGAUAAAUAUGGGUUUAGCCCUCUAGCAAAUGGAAAGCAGGAAAGCCUAUUGUUCAACACAAAGUAGUCUCUGCUUUCUAAACGUGUCCUAUUACAUGGUGGCUCUUUAUUUCAACCAUACGUUGUGCUGUCUGGUUUUAAAGCAGACAUUGUCUUGGAGGCCAAAGUGCAGCCUGACCUGUUUUUAUCGUAAAUAUUGGCUUUCCUGCAUACCUGAAAUGUGUCAUGGGUGCUAUCGCCCUCUGUUACUUUUUCAAUCUUUGCGUGUUAGAUGGGGGCUUGUCGUGGUUUGUAGGUUGAUUUUUAAUUUUUGCAAAUUGUUUCUCACCCACCAUACAAUUGAUAACAGUCCCCACAAAGUAAUUAGAAAUACCAAAUUCACCCGUAUUUAUCUGUGUUUUGGUUUCUUUUGUUUUAUUUCUUGUUCACGGUGCUGGAUCCUCCUUUCAGGUUUCCACCACCUUCUAAUUACUGGUAGUGGUGUAAGAUCACUGCGUUCUUCUGCCCAGAGUAUGGCAUGGGAUCCAGUUCCUACGCAUGCUCGACAAAGGAACUGAGGCUUGCCUUAAGCACCAUCCUUUGUCAAGCGUUGGAAAAAUACUUAAAGGGAUACUCCCCUGCCCAAACACAAAAUUAAAAAAAUCACUGCUUAGCAGAAAUAUCCCCCCGCCCCCCUCCCUCCCAUGGAAACGUGCAUGCAAUUAAUUAACCUGCAUUUUUCUCGUCUGCUGACUUUGCAAGCUCUCCCCUUCUAACCCCGCCUAGACUUUCUGUGGCUGUCCAAUCACAGACUUACCAUUAAAGCUUAAUGAGAAGUCUUUGUAAGUCAGGUGCUGUAGGCAAUGGUUGCCUCUUCAGGUCAGCUGCAUUGAUCUAACGAAACCAGGAAGUAACAUUACCUGUUGUCUGCUUGAAAGCCAAAGGGGUGUAACCAGGCUAACUUAUAGUAGUGUCAAUUUCUAUUCAAAUCUGCACUUUUUGCAAAAUGGGAAAAAAAUCAGACACACUCCUUAGAUAUAAAGCUUUUCAGCAAGCUAAAGUUGUUUGAGUCUGGAGUGUCCUUUAAGACAAAGUAGCCCCUACUUUGUAAAAGAUAGAUGAGAAAAGAACAGAUUCUGACAGGGGCAAAGAAGAGGAAACAAUGGGAGCAAGUUAAGUUUGGAGUGACAGCGCUAUUUUAAAGUUGGAGAAGUGUCAUAGCAGUUGUAGCAAUUGCAGUCAUAUGGAAUAAAAAUAUUUUAAAGGGAUAUUCCAGGAAGCUAAUGAUGCGCUCACUUGCAUCUUAUGUGUGUCUGUAUUUCCUAAAAACAUGCUGCACUGUGUGGUGUUUUUUUUUUUUUUUGUCCUUGACGGAGUGCUUCUCAUUCCAGCUAUCUCCUGAAUUGAAAGCAGUGAGCCAGUCUAUUUGGUCAUCGUGGUACAAUGUAUGGAAAGCUUUGGGGAUUAUGGGAUACAUUCAGCUUACUCAUAAAAAUCAAUUUUUAUUUUUUUUCUUUCUGAGUGGGAUGAGUUUAUUUUUUAAAUGGUAUCUUUGUUUCUGAUGUUUGUAAUUCACAUUACCUUUCAGGAAAGAUUAUUGAUUGCAGACAUGGCCCUUGCAAGCUGUGAGUUCAUGUUUGAAGAAACCAGGAACUAUGUUAGACAGAGGAAGGCAUUUGGAAAAACCGUUGCACAUUUACAGGUAUGUUACUUGUCACAUUGCUAAUACUGAAUUUAGUUUGGAAAAUAAAUACACCAUCACAUCUGUCUUUAUUUUUUUUAUAUUGGCCGAUUCGCUGAGGUAUUUUCUUUUUUUUAUUUCUUUUUUUGUUUGUUUUCAAGGUUAUAUUUAAGAAACUGUUAAUUUUUAAUAUAUAGCUAUUGGGGGUCUUUGCAUAUUUUACAAAGGCCAAUUAAGGAAACUCUGGUCAGGUGGCAGAGGGGUGCAGUUGAUGGUAAGGUUUGGCUUUGCUGCCAUCUUCCACUAAGUCUUUCUUAGGUGUUUUCUUGCGAGGAGUGAGACCAUGAAUGAAUCCAUAGCGGUCGCUUGCGAUAGCUUGCUGAGAUUAGGUAAAGGUUUACGGCGAAGCUCAAAGUGUAGUCCAUACUUUGUCACAUGGUAUCUUUGGGUUGCGUUAGAAAUUCAAUUAAAUUUCAACGCAGUUGGCAUCUCUAUUUCAUGAAGAUUAUUAAAAUACUCAGAAAUGACAGAGCCACUGUAAGUGAAGGUGAUUCAUGAAAUAUUCUGCCUUUAAAGAGACAUAGAGGGUUAUAUACUAAAUUGGAGUGAAUUUAAAACCAAAUAUGAGAAUGCAGGCUAAAAUAGCCCAGCCCAUGAUUUAGUCCUAGAGCUUCGUGCGUGGAUUUUCCCAAAUCAGGGAUUUGUUUAAAUUUCACCAUGAGUUUUUCAAUUUACUGUAAUGUGGAUAUAGCUUGGUAAACAUCAAAGACUGAAAAGGUGUUAAUGGGUUAUCUUAUGAAUAAUUCAGUUUGACCAGCAAGAGUGCUCUAUGUGCUCACUGUUCAAAGGGCUGCAGUGUUUUUCCCAGCUUGGUGAACUCUGCCUUUUUCAGAGGUUAAUAACUUGAUUUACCUUUUUGUUAGGUAAUCUCUAAAGACUAAGUGGUUUUUUUUUACUGGUAACACACCAGUAGUAUAGUUAUCGUUGUCAAAAUUAAUUUAUAAAUACUUCUGCCAGUUAUUAUUAUUAUUGGUAUUUAUAUAGCGCUAACUAAUUCCGCAGAACUUCACAAUAUUCUGAAAGGGGGAAAUUUACAAUAAAUUAGACUAUUACACGGUGACACAGGAACAAUGGGUAGAUGAGGGCCCUGCUCAAACAAGCUUACAGUCUCAGAAGUAGAGGUUCAUGCUGAACCCCUUUCAGAGAAUAUCAAAUAUAAUAAAUAGAUAACGAGUCUGUUACUCUUAUCUCUCCAGGAAUAUGCACUCUACAUUAAUUAUUUAUACUUUCCACUUCUUAGAUGUAUGCAGUUUAACCCCCUUAUAAUAAUUGUUUAACUGUUUAUUUUGCAUAAUACAAAAUUGUUGGUGUGUGUUUUUGAUUUUUUUUUUGGGAGGGGGGAGGGUGGGGGGAUGGUAAAAUUUAUUUGCAAAUCAUUAUACUCUCUUAUUAGGCAACAAGCUUUGCUAGGACUAACCUAUUUAAUGAAUUUUAUAAAACUUUUGUGGUUUUUGUUUUAUUUUUCCCACUUAAGACCGUUCAACAUAAGCUUGCGGAGUUGAAAACUCAGAUCUGUGUGGGUCGUACAUUUGUGGACAACUGUCUCGAACUUCAUGCACAAAGACGUUUGGAUUCUGGCACAGCUUCCAUGGCGAAAUACUGGUAUGCGUGAGAAAGGGACUGUUGGUGGAAUUUAAAAUGUGCACACAAAGGAGCAUUUAUUUACCUAUCAGAAUUGUCUGGCUGCCAGUGAGCAUAAACCAGUGUAGAAUGCAUUGUAUCCAAGAACCGUUCAUACAUCAAAGGACCUUGAUCUCCUGAUAAUUAAAAUAUAGAUGUCCGCCUGAAAUGUCUUCAUAGAUAUGAGUUUGAUAAAACGUAACUGUGCCUAUCCAGCCUUGAUGAGUAAUACGUAGUGAAUUUUCUAACUUAUUGGGUUAAGCUGUUUUUAACACAGGUUUUGGUCUCCAUGGAGCUGUCCUUCAGCUCCUUGGUGUUUGUUUCUACUUGAUCUUUUCAAGGCAUUGUCUCUUGAAGGGAAGCUGGACGUCAGCAUUCCCCUGUUUAUAAGCAUAUAAAGCACGGAUUCAUUUAACGGUCAGGUAUGCCUGCUGACACAAUAGCAGACCCUUGAUUUUUUUUCUCAUGGGUGCAUUCCUGGAACUUGUGGUUAAUUCUGUAGCUUGUUUUUGUGUGAAAGGUCAUAGACUUUAUAGAAUUGACAGCAAAAUGUAAGUGGGUUAAUCUCAGAAGAACAGGCAUUAGGUUGUUAGGAUAGGAUCUGCCCAAAAAAAUGCAAUACAUUUGUGCUGUGACUGUGAACUUUGAAACUGUUGAUUAGUAAAUGAUUGGCCCCAGCAGCACCCUUAUAAUGUAUGCAUGUUUUGGUGAGUGCAGCGUGUGUGUGUGUGUGUAUCUGUGCAUAGAUAUCUAUCUUUCUCUCUCUCUCGUAUACAUAUAUCUAUCUAAUCUAUAUCUAGAGAUAUAUUGGAAUCAUAAGGCAACAAUGUGAUUCUUUGUUGAACUAAUUUGUAUAUGCCCACCCAGAAUCCUUUGCAGUAGUAACAUUACUGCAAAUUUGUGAUUUCUGUGGGAAAAGCAAGUGUUAUGGCUUGACUGGUGUGCAGAUCUGUGUUUAACAAUGUAUUGAGGGAAAACAAAAGUAACCACUAUAUGCCCUGCAGUGGUUUUGGUGCAUAAAGUGAUCCUUUAAAUAGACAAAAACUUUUUUUUUUAUUUAAAGACCAAAUGUAUGAAUUUUACAUGAUGACUUCAUUACUGCAGUUUGAUCAACACAUUGCAGUAUGCCAAGUAACCAUUUUCUAUCAUCUUGUCAUAAUGUGGCUCUAUGAUACUAGAAUGGCUGUUAACACCGUAACAUUUGAAUAACCUAUGAAGAUGAGCUGAAUGGGUGCAGGGACAAGACUGUUCCUUGGGUUCUGCAGAAUUGAUAUACUUUUUGCCUUAUGAGACCUCUAUUUUGCUAAAAUUAUUAUUAUUUUUUUUCUUCCCCAUUCCAGGGCUUCUGAUCUCCAGAAUAGUGUGGCAACACAGUGUGUACAGCUUCAUGGUGGAUGGGGGUACAUGUGGGAAUAUCCAAUUGCAAAGUAAGUGUUGUAGGAGAUUUAUUUAUUUACAUAACAAUUGUGGCUAAUUUAGGGGUGUAUUCACUAGUUUAAUUCUAGUCAGAGCUAGAAUGUCUGUGAUAUUAGGACAUAUGUGGGUUUUAAAAAGGCAUGAAAAGGCUACAAAAUGUAUUGUUUUUUUUUUUUUAUUUAGGUCUGCUGGACCAAAAAAACAACACACAUAAUCAUUAACUUUGUUUUUCUUGCGUACUUUAUUUUACAGAGCGUUCGUAGAUUCUCGUGUUCAGCCAAUUUAUGGGGGUACCAAUGAGAUUAUGAAGGAACUUAUUGCAAGAGAUAUUGUCAAGGAUAAGUAAUCCUUUAUUUUGUACUUGAAAAACGUGCCUGAAAUUUUAAUACCGACAUCUGUUCUUGUAAAAUAAUAAUCUGUACUUGUUGUAAACCUAAUUAAUAAAGUGAAUUAACAUGUUAUCUUGUUUGUUUAUUAAAAAUUCACAAAAACAAAAUUGGUUAAAAUAAAAUGGAUCACUCUUAUGUAUGUGUCUAGUUGCUUGGAUCUGGGAUUAAAUUGGAAAUUAACUUUUGUUAAAGGAAAACUGUCAUCAAAUCAAAGUUCAUUAUUACAUUUAAUAAAACUUGAGAUAUAUAUAUUUAUGUGUUUCCCAUCUGGCUGAGCAACCAUGUUUGGUCAAAGUCUGUCAUCUAACUAGCUGCCUGCAGUAUCAGGUUCACACAGAGGUAACCGCAGGAGGCAACUUAGUUUGAGCAGCAGUUGAUAAUAUAACCGUAGAAUCUGACCAAACAUGCCUGCUCAGCCAAGUAAAAAAAAAAUU